GGUUGGGAGCUUGAACACGCAAGCUCUACUACACUAAGCUCCACAUUGGCUGUGGCCGUCUCCACCGAGCAACAACGACAUUGGCCUUCCUCAUGUCGUGAGCUCACACUUGAAUGGUUCUGUCCCCUGGUGAGCAAUAAACGCGGCGUCGUAAGCUAUCACGAAACGGCUGAAUCCAAUUGUUUCCCAACCCGCCUUGCGGAAACACCCGUGUGAAGAUCCAUCACUAGUAUAGGACCGUUAGUAGAACGACUUCAAUUUGUAUCAUGUAAUGAGAAUGUCGGCGAAUAGUAAGUAACAUGAGAGCGACUCCUAGAGGACGGCGCGGAUGUCUUCAUACCGGUGUGAGAAACUCCGUAGGGUACGCAUUGGGCAGUGAAGAUCAUUGACGAUCCAUGGUUUGGACUGAGAAGGAUGACGACGCGGACAGCUAAUAGAGAAUCACAUCAUCAGUGCUCAAAACGCAAAAAUUGAAGUUUCGCGUGCUCUGAGAAGUGUAUAAAGCCUCUUGUGUCCCGGCCUUAAGCUCAUCCAGUCGACAGCAUCAGCAUCAGCAUCAGCAUUCCAACAACAUCGACAACUACAAUCUUAUACAGUUAGCUUAGCGAAAAACGAAACAAGCAAGAUGAAGUUUUCUACUCUUGCAACCACCCUUCUUGUUUCUGUGGCGGUGGCAAUUCCAGCCAACCCACCACCACCUCCUUCGAAGCCUACUCACUUGCCUCCACCACCGGAGCAGCGCGAUGUCGGCCCACCGCCCCCGCCUUCUAAGAGCCAUCUUCCUCCUCCGCCUCCUCCUGUAGGAGAGCGAGGUGUUCCUCCGCCUCCGCCGCCGGCUAAGAAGCCUCAUCCCCCUGAGGAGAGAGAUGCCGGUCCACCUCCGCCUCCGCCGACUAAGCGACCCCCUCCUCCGGAGAAGAGGGAAGCUGGCCCGCCUCCGCCACCUCCUACUAAGAAGCCUCACCCUCCUGCGGCGCGAGGUGUUCCUCCCCCACCACCUCCCCCAAAGAAGCCCCAUCCUCCUCAGGAGAGAGGCGAGCACCCUCCUCCUCCCCCUCCUACUGAGAAGCCCCAUCCUCCCGAGGCUAGAGGCGUCCCCCCGCCGCCUCCCCCACCGGAGAAGCGACCUCCUCCUCCUGAGAAGCGUGAGGAUGGCCCACCUCCCCCUCCGCCAACCAAGAAGCCUCAUCCUCCCCAGGAGAGAGAUGUUCCCCCGCCCCCUCCUCCUGCCCCGACCAAGACUCACGUGCCGCCUCCUCCCCAAGCCGACAACUAAGAGAAGUAGUACGCCAUUGAUUUAGAGAAAGACAGCCGAAGGUCUGAUCCUACCUUUUGACUAGUCCGAAAACGAGAGGAUGCAAGGAGAUUGGAAGAUUGCUUGAUAUUGUUUGGUUUUGCUGACUGGAGAGAUCGUAAUUGCGGGGAACUUACUAUUGUGAAAUGGCCAUCGCUGGCAAUGGUCUUGAUUUGAGAGUUUGGAAUACUAUUGGAAAAUGUGGAAAAACAUGUACAUGUUCGUUCGUUAUCUGCCUGGCCAGGCUUUCUAAUUGAAUUACCUUUCCUUGAAUUUGUUCAUUUCCAUUGCAACCGCCGAAAAUUUUGAACAUUACUACCUAAUACUGCAUUUUAGAAAAUUUCGACGACCCGGGAUGGU